AUGCCAAGCUCUCAGGUUCCCGGUAUGGGCAUGAAUUUCACUGAUGUUCCCUGGGAGCCUGGUUUGACCGGCUCUGGGCAAGACCUAGUCUGGUCCUCCACUGCUAACAGCGUGGUGAAGAUGGCGCUCAUAUCUCUUAUUGUGUGUGUGUCCUUGUUUGGGAAUGUGGUGGUUCUGCUGGUGUUCCAGAGGAAGCCUCAGCUCCUUCACGUGGCCAACCGCUUCGUCCUCAAUCUCCUCUUGGCAGACCUGCUCCAGACCAUAUUAGUCAUGCCCUUUGCCAUUGCAGCCACCGUGCCAGGUGUGUGGCCACUAGAUGCCCGACUGUGCCAGGCUCUGGUGGUGCUCAUGCACCUUUUUGCAUUUGCUGGAGUCAACACCAUCAUAGUUGUCUCUGUGGAUCGCUACCUGGCCAUCAUUCACCCUUUGUCCUAUCCCACCCGCAUGACCCCUCACCUGGGCACCAACCUGAUCAUCUGCACCUGGGUGCUCAGUUUCCUGCAGAGCACGCCUCCACUAUAUGGCUGGGGGGCUAUUGACUUUGACCGCCACCACAGCGUGUGCUCAGUGGUGUGGUCAUCUAGCCUGUCGUACUCUGCUGUGGUGUCCACCUUCUCCUUCUGGCUGCCUGUGCUCAUCAUGCUCGGAUGUUAUUGGAUGGUAUUUAGAGCAGCUCGGAGGCAAAACGCACUUGUGCACCCCAUACAGACACAAUCCUACUCCCAACCAUGCCCACAGGACUUCCAGGGACCUAGCAGUCCACAGCGGCAGCCUCAGCCCCGGCCCCAGCCCCAGCAUGCCAGUUCACCUGAUGGCCCCUAUUCAGCCAGGGGGUACCCUGUUCGAGUGAGGCACAGACGCUUCCACUACCACUGCAAAGCAGCUCGUGUUGUUUUUGUGAUAAUGGCUUCAUAUAUCCUCAGCAUGGGGCCUUACAGCAUACUAAAUACUAUAUCUAUGAGUGCCAGAGCAGCUGUACCUCCCUGGCUGUCAUCCCUUGCCCUUGUGCUCUUCUUUUUGCAGUGCUGCCUCCACCCGUACAUUUACGGUUACAUGCACCGUAGUGUAAGGAAGGAAUUCCUAGCUUUGCUGUGCGGGCUGUUCUGCAAACAGGGCCGUCCCAGCCAGAGCUCUGCCGUGGAGAGCUGCUUCACAACUACAGAGGGACGACUCGGUGCCCACUCUCACGUACCCAGUCUGACUGCUCGAGUCUUCCCUCUGCGGACUUGGGAGGAGUGCACAACAUCCUCCUCUCCCACUUGUGAGAGGAAGUUAAGGGACAGCCGUAAAGAGACCACCUCUACCAGCGUCAGCUCUGAGAGAGAGCUCACAGUCCACAGCAAACAAAGCACAUAAACUGCCUUGAGGACUCAUCAGACAGACCAUAUUUUCUCUUACUUAAAGAGCUUGUCAUACAGUGUGUUCAAACAUAAGUUAAUACACCUACUUGAAAACAGGGUUAUUCAUUCUGAAGUUGCUGGCAUUAGGAAUAGUGGUAUUACCUAAUUGAUCACCAACACAAUGACCUUUUACUAUUUUAGUAUUUAACAUUUUUUAAGCUUGAUUAAAUUAUUGACUUGAGAUUUCAAGUUAGGUUAGGUUCAUUGUUGCAUUAUGAAUGUAUAAUAGAGCCAACUGUU